GCCUCAAACAUUAAGGGAAAUACAAAGCUAUAAGCUAACGAAUAGAGCUCGUAGUACUUUUCUACUAUCUUCAAUCUAAAUAAACAAACAGCAGACGAAACUCCUGUGGGAGUGUGAUGUUUUUCUUGGAUAUUUCUGCUACGAUUGCAUCAAUAUAUAUUUUUAGUCCAUAAAUCUAACAGUUUUUUCAAUGUAUUUCCUAAAAACUUUUUUAUUUAUUGUAUUAAUAAAACAACAGAUACUUUUUGUAUUUUCGAAGAAUGUUUUAUUGAUAGUAGCUGAUGAUGGAGGAUUUGAAACACAAGUUUAUGGGAAUCAAGUGUGUAAAACACCUUAUUUGAAUGAAUUGGCAUCAAAAUCGGUCAUAUUUAAAAAUGCAUACACCUCUGUGAGCAGCUGCUCACCUAGUCGCUCAACUAUUCUGACAGGACUCCCUCAGCAUCAGAAUGGGAUGUAUGGACUUCAUCAAGGACAGCACCAUUUUAAUUCUUUUAAUGAAGUGAAGAGUUUGCCAUUUUUGCUCCAAAAGAAAAAUAUAUUCUCAGGAAUAAUUGGCAAAAAACAUGUUGGACCAGAAUCUGUAUAUCCCUUUGAUUUUGCUUACACAGAAGAGAACAAUUCUAUUAACCAAGUGGGGCGUAAUAUUACUCGAAUUCGAAAUUUAGUUAAUAAAUUUUUAACUGCAGCUAAUUCUUCGUCAAGGCCAUUUUUCUUAUAUGUUGCAUUCCACGAUCCUCAUCGGUGUGGUCAUACAAAUCCAGAGUUUGGAGAAUUUUGUGAAAAAUUUGGUAAUGGUGCUGAAGGCAUGGGAGUCAUUCCAGAUUGGAAACCAAUCCACUAUAAGCCGGAAGAAGUUUUGGUACCAUAUUUUGUCCCUGAUACUCCGGCUGCAAGGAGGGACAUUGCUGCUCAGUAUACUACUAUAAGUAGAAUGGAUCAAGGUAUUGGAUUGAUACUGGAUGAAAUCAAGAAGUUUAAUUAUGAAAAUGAUACUUUAGUUAUUUUUACUUCUGACAAUGGAAUACCGUUUCCUAGUGGCCGCACUAAUCUUUAUGAUCCUGGAAUGGCUGAACCAUUCUUAUUACACAUUCCUAAGAAACCAGAAUUACAUAAUAAAGAAUCAAAUUCAAUGGUAAGCCUGCUAGACAUUGCGCCAACAAUAUUAGACUGGUUCAACAUAAGCUAUCCAGAUUACAAACUAAAUAAGGCAAGUGUCAAGUUGACUGGGAAAUCUCUUCUAAACUUAACACAAAAUGACAAAACUGUAUUUGGUAGUCACAAUUUACAUGAAGCAACUAUGUAUUACCCCAUGCGAGUCAUAAGAACUAAAGAAUACAAACUCAUACACAACUUAAACUUCAAAAUGCCUUUCCCUAUAGAUCAAGAUUUUUUUAUUUCUCCAACGUUUCAAGAUCUCCUCAAUAAAACGUUAGAUGGACUGCCAACCAACUGGUAUAAAAAUCUGUCUAACUAUUACUAUAGAGAUCAAUGGGAGUUAUACAACUUGAAAGAAGACCCCCAUGAAUUGCGGAAUUUGAUACCAUAUCCUGUAUAUAGUGAUGUGGUUAAAAAAUUGAUGCAAACACUAUGGGAUUGGUCAGUCAAGACUAAUGAUCCUUGGAUUUGUUCACCAUAUGCUGUACUAGAAGAUACAGGACGGUUCAAGGACAAUCCCCAAUGUUUGCCGCUUUAUAAUCAUCUUGUAGAUCUUGCUUAAUUUAUAAAUUUACUACUUAAUAUGCAGGACUUUAAAAUUACAUGGACCUAUAAAACCUAUGUCCUAGAUGCAAUCUGCAACAGGAUGCCAAAUAUCAUAUAUUUUAUUCAAUUAAUUGUAUCUCUAUUUUUAAUGUAUAAUUUAUUAAAUUUUUUAUAAAGAUAUAUGAACAAAUAAAGCUCUAACCUUAGAUCACAAUAAAUAUAUACAAGUACAAAUUUUAUUUUUUAAAUAUGUCCUGCUCCCAAAUUAUUCAUUGUUAGAGCUUGUAAUUGUGUAUACAUCUAUACAUUGCUUUAAAAAUGUGUUUAUUUUUUAUUGCUGAAUAAACUACUUACUAUACAGAUUUGAAGAUAAUUUUUAUCUAGUCAUUUUAGUGUUUCCCAUGAAUAUUCAGUAUCAAAUCAUAGUAACAGAUCGAGUGGACUGAUUUAAUUUAGGAUUGAGAUAGAUCUCAUAGAUUAGCUGCCGUCAGUCGUGAACGGGUGACCCUUGCAUAGAAACUGGCUACCAAAGUAAACCUUAAUCGCCAGAAGUGGUGACCAAGUUACAGGCCCAAGAAUAAAAUGCGUCCAAUCUUCAGAUUCCAGAAUAAAUCAGCGUCCCAUUUUGAUCGUUCUUCUGGCAAUUUUUUCUACGAAUUUUGACAUGCUUAAAAUCCUGAUAUUUUUAAUAGGACGUGCAAAAAUAUCAUGUGGAAAUCUAUAACAAUGCUGAAAAGCAUUGUUAUAGAUUUCCACAUGGUAUUUUUAAUACAAUUUUAUUAUGGAAUGUACAUUUCGAAUCUGGUAUUUAAGCAAUCAUUUUUUGAUUUAAAUCAAAUUGUUUUUUUUUUUCUUCAAAAGAAUAUCUUGAAUCAAAAACAGUGGUGUUGGGCGUAUACUAAUCCAAUAGUGGCUAACAGUCUUUAUCAAUGAUUUCAUGUGUAUUUCCAUUAUCAGGAUAGAAUUUGAUGAAAGUUAUUAACAAUAACUAGUACAGAUAAAUAACAGCAAAUAAAUAUCAAGGUUAUAAAUUUCGCAAAAUACUUUUUUAUUAAGUUCUAUCGGUUUUACAACUUUAUUUUACUUUACUAGCUUUUAUAACGAUGCCCGGUGGCUGAAUGGUAGUGCUUCGUGCACCUGUGCCACAGGUCCUGGGUUCGAUUCUCGGGCCGGGCAAGGUUGACUCAGCCUUUCAUCCCUUCAGUGGGUCGAUAAAUGGGUACCAAGCAUGCUUGAAAACUAAACACUGGAAGUUCCGCGUUUGGCUGACCACCUAACUGGAACUUCUGCUCCUGCACCCCAGAGCUCAAGAAAACUGAGAUGGGCCCUCUAUGGGCUGUCAUGCCACUGAGUUUAGAUUUUAUAAGAGAGUUUACUAACAACUUAUAUUGAAAAUAGCUUCUGUUCUACUCUAUGGAGAUAGUGACUUUUUAAACCACUAAAACAUACUUAUUUAUUGAAAUGAUUGUAAAUGCGAUCAGUCGUAAACACUAAAAUUUUAGACCGAUAAACAUGUAUAUUUUUUAUUGUUGUGACAAAAUAUGUGUAUAAAGAACAAGUUUCAGAAUAAUUUGCUUGUGAUUCUUUUAUUGUAACUUUCUGUAAUCUGUAUAUAUAUGUGUUCAAUUGUUCUGAUGUGUUGUAUGCUUGAGACUGAUUAAUUGUUCUGAUGUAAAACUUUAGUUUAAAUAGAAUAAAUUAUUUUGUAUACAAGAA